AAUAAAAUAUGAUUAUUUAUAUAACAAAUUUCUCAAAUAAACAUAUAAGAUCCAAAUUGUUAUUCAAGAUUAAAAUGAAUUAUUAUUAGAUUGCUAAAUAAAUAAAUUAAAUAAUUCAGUAAUGAUUAUGAAUUAAUUUAUGUAAUUAUUAUUUUCUAAUAAACUCAAUCAUCAUAUUAUUGAUAGGGUUCAAUUUCAAUUCACAUGCUUUUUUUUCCUCAUUCUAUUCCACAAACAAUAUUUCAACGACCGGCCGGUGGUGGUUGUCGUGGCGGUGACGGUGUCGUCUCCUUAGAUCUGAAUCCUCUAUUUCCUCAUCUAUCUGGACGACUCACCUAUUUCGCAUCGCCAUGGCUGCUCCUCCCGCUAGAGCUAGAGCCGAUUACGAUUAUCUCAUAAAGCUUCUCCUUAUCGGCGACAGCGGUGUGGGUAAGAGUUGCCUUCUUUUGCGUUUCUCUGAUGGGUCCUUCACAACCAGCUUUAUUACAACCAUUGGCAUUGAUUUCAAGAUAAGGACCAUUGAGCUUGAUGGAAAACGUAUUAAAUUGCAAAUUUGGGAUACUGCUGGUCAAGAGCGGUUUCGAACUAUUACAACUGCUUAUUACCGAGGAGCUAUGGGUAUUUUGCUCGUGUACGACGUCACUGAUGAGUCAUCUUUUAACAAUAUCAGGAAUUGGAUUCGUAAUAUUGAACAACAUGCUUCAGACAAUGUUAAUAAGAUUCUUGUGGGCAACAAAGCUGAUAUGGAUGAAAGCAAAAGGGCUGUCCCCACCUCGAAGGGUCAAGCUCUUGCUGACGAAUAUGGCAUUAAAUUUUUUGAGACAAGUGCAAAAACAAAUUUGAACGUGGAGGAGGUUUUCUUUUCAAUAGCUAGGGAUAUCAAGCAAAGACUUGCAGAUACCGAUUCGAGAGUCGAGCCACAGACAAUCAAAAUUAACCAACCGGACCAGGCAGGGGGUUCUGCCCAAGCCGCGCCAAAAUCAUCUUGUUGUGGGUCUUAAGACCGCCAAGCAAAUUGGGAUUCAAAACGGGUAACUUUAGAAAGCAAUCAUUCAUCCUUUCGGUUGGAAAAAAAACUGAUUUUGGUACCAACUAUGUCACUGGCGCUUGUAUUGCUUUUCUCUUUGUCAUAAUUCUAAAGUUAGUUUGGGUGUGAAAGGUAGACCGAGUAUUUUCUUAUCAAAUUAAUUACAUAUUAUUAGUUCAUUUUCUUUUCAACUUAUUAUUAAUGUUGUUUUUUUUUUUGUUGAGCUUGGGAAAAGAGUAUAUAAAAGCCUUUCCUUUUGUGGUA